CUCAUCGAAGCUCCUCCUCUCUCUCUUACAUAUCACUUCACAUCAACCAAACCUACUCCUGUCUCUCUCUCUCUCUCCCUCUCCCUCUCUCGCUCUAUCUCUCAGGAAAAAUUAGAAAACUUGUGAGAAUGGCGGCAACAGCAGCAUCAAGCUUGCAAAUUGCUACAAGAAGGCCGAGCAUUGCUUCGCCUUGUCAUGUUCUUAAAGCCGGGACUUACAUUGUCGGUGCCAAUCCUGGAAACGCGUCGUGGGAUAAACUUAGCUGCACUCGCCAUUUAUCGAACCUUGGAUGUUUGAGAAGCCACAGUGCUGUUGUUGUUCCAACUUCUAAAAGACCCUUUUGUUUUUCCACAAAGGCCAUGUCUGAGUCCAGUGACAAUAAGGCUCCUGCUGGUCUUCCUAUUGAUUUGAGAGGGAAAAGAGCUUUCAUUGCUGGUAUAGCUGAUGAUAAUGGAUACGGUUGGGCCAUAGCGAAAUCUCUUGCUGCUGCUGGAGCUGAAAUAUUGGUUGGGACAUGGGUUCCUGCACUUAAUAUUUUUGAGACAAGCUUGAGACGUGGAAAGUUCGACCAGUCACGAGUGUUGCCAGAUGGGUCUCUGAUGGAGAUUAAAAAGGUUUAUGCUUUGGAUGCUGUCUUUGACAAUCCUGAAGAUGUUCCUGAAGAUGUGAAAACGAAUAAGCGAUAUGCAGGAUCAUCUAACUGGACCGUACAGGAAGCUGCUGAAUGUGUGAAAAACGAUUUUGGAAGCAUCGACAUUCUUGUGCAUUCCCUUGCAAAUGGGCCAGAGGUUAGCAAACCUCUUCUGGAGACAUCAAGGAAAGGCUAUCUCGCUGCUAUCUCUGCUUCAAGUUACUCCUUUGUUUCCUUGCUGAGGCAUUUUCUGCCAAUCAUGAACCCAGGAGGUGCUUCGAUAUCUCUUACUUACAUUGCCUCUGAAAGGAUCAUUCCUGGGUAUGGUGGAGGUAUGAGUUCUGCGAAAGCCGCACUAGAGAGUGACACACGAGUGCUUGCAUAUGAAGCUGGAAGGAAACAAAACGUUAGAGUCAACACUAUCUCUGCGGGUCCUUUGGGAAGCCGAGCAGCAAAAGCAAUCGGGUUCAUAGACACCAUGAUCGAGUACUCCUACAAUAAUGGACCUAUACAGAAAACACUGACAGCAGAUGAAGUCGGGAAUGCAGCAGCGUUCUUGGCGUCACCACUGGCCUCUGCAAUUACAGGUGCAACCAUCUAUGUGGACAAUGGUUUGAAUGCAAUGGGAGUUGCACUGGACAGUCCUGUUUUUAAAGACCUCAACAGCAAGAAUUAGUGUCUUGACUCUUGAUAAGACGACUGAACUCGACAAAUUCUAUUCCAUGAGCUUGCUUGUUUGUCUUUAUGAGUAGUAUGUACGGCAUAGUAUUUUGAAUAUGGCAUCCAAUUUCCUGAUAAAAAUUUGACUAUUUUUAUUAGAUUCA